UCCCGGCGUCUCUCUAAGGAGCUCGGUAGGGACGCGGCCCGAGCUGUCGCCGUCCGGCUCGGGGAGGCCUUGUCCCCCCCCCGCAGCAGCGGCGGGGCGGGGCGGGGGCCCCCGGGAGAAGAUGGCGACGCUGGGAAGCGAACCCCAACCUUUCGUGCCUGCCAUCUCGGUAUCUAGCCUGCACCCACACCAUCACCCUCACCACCACCACCACGGAGGAGCGGGAGCCGGCGGCGGCGGCGGCGGCGGCGGGGGGUUCAACCUGCCCUUGAACCGGGGUCUGGAGCGCGCGCUGGAGGAGGCGGCCAACUCCGGGGGCUUGAACCUCAGUGCCAGAAAAUUAAAGGAGUUUCCCCGGACGCCAGCCCCGGGCCACGACCUCUCGGACACCGUUCAGGCAGAUUUAUCUAAAAACAGACUGGUUGAAGUACCAAUGGAAUUGUGUCAUUUUGUAUCUCUGGAAAUUCUUAAUCUGUAUCACAACUGUAUCAGAGUCAUUCCUGAGGCCAUUGUUAACUUGCAGAUGCUGACCUACUUAAACUUGAGUCGAAAUCAGCUGUCAGCCCUGCCUGCCUGCCUGUGUGGUCUGCCUCUCAAAGUCUUAAUCGCAAGUAACAACAAGCUUGGAUCACUGCCUGAAGAGAUAGGUCAGCUCAAACAGUUAAUGGAGUUGGAUGUCAGCUGCAAUGAGAUCACAGCUUUGCCCCAGCAGAUAGGCCAACUGAAGUCUCUACGAGAAUUGAAUAUCAGAAGAAACUACCUUAAAGUUUUACCACCAGAAUUAGUAGAUCUUCCCUUGGUAAAGCUUGACUUUUCCUGCAACAAGGUGCUAGUGAUCCCUGUCUGCUUUAGAGAGAUGAAGCAGCUGCAGGUGUUACUGCUUGAGAACAACCCUCUGCAAUCUCCUCCGGCACAGAUUUGCACAAAGGGCAAAGUGCACAUAUUUAAGUAUCUGAGCAUACAAGCAUGCCAACUUAAGACAACUGACUCCCUUUAUCUCCAUACCAUGGAGAGACCCCAUUUACAGCAGCACGUGGAAGACAGUAAGAAGGAUUCCGAUUCAGGAGUUGGCAGUGACAAUGGAGAUAAGCGACUGUCUGCCACUGAGCCCUCUGACGAAGACACAAUCAGCCUCAGUGUGCCCAUGUCAAACAUCAUGGAGGAAGAACAGACUGUCAAGGAGGACACAUGCCAUCACCUCACCCCUGCUAAAGGGACACUUCAUCAGGAACUUCAAGCAGAGCCUGCUCUCUUGAGUGACAGCAGUAACUCAGGACAAGAAAGACCUCUGUUUGGCGAAGGAGCUGAUGUCCUCCACUCAGGAUUUAUGAAUUAUAUUAAGGACAGGGCAGGAGACUGUGAAGAGCUGUUACGGAUAGAAGAGGACGCUCACUGGCAGAUGGGAGGAAUAAUAAAUUCAUCCAAAGAUCAGGACGUGGAUGUAAUGAUGAUUGAGCAGCUGAGAGAAGCAGUAGAUUUGCUGCAAGAUCCCAAUGGCCUAAAUACAGACAUUACCAAGAGAAGUAUUUUGAAUCUGUAUCCUAUGGGAUCAUCCGACGCCUUAGAAUUACCAGAUGCUGCAGUAAAUGGUCAAAUGCAGCUGGAGCCAUCUCCGGAGUGUGAGGGGCAAAGUGAUCUAACAUUACAGAGUAAUGGGAGCCAGUAUUCACCAAAUGAGAUGAGAGAGAACUCCCCUUCAGUCUCUCCUACCACAAACAGCACAGCUCCUUUUGGCCUGAAACCUCGAUCAGACUCAGCCCUCAUUCUCCCUCCUGUCUCCUUCAACAAACUUAAACAGGCACAAACAUGGGACAACUCUAGCUACAGUGUUCCAUCUGAAAGAGACAGUGACAAUGUGUUCCUGAGACCUCAGAGAAAUUUGGAAUCUGUAGAUCCACAAUUUACAAUUCGGAGGAAAAUGGAACAGUUGAGAGAAGAAAAAGAACUCGUGGAACAACUCCGAGAGAGCAUCGAGGUGCGGCUGAAAGUGACCCUGCACGAAGACCUGGGGGCUGCCCUCAUGGACGGUGUGGUGCUCUGCCACCUGGCCAACCACAUCCGCCCACGGUCCGUUGCCAGCAUACACGUCCCUUCACCUGCAGUUCCCAAACUUAGCAUGGCCAAAUGCAGAAGAAACGUGGAAAACUUUUUGGAAGCAUGCCGAAAACUAGGAGUACCAGAGGCUGAUCUCUGCUCUCCGUAUGACAUCCUGCAGUUGGAUUUUCAUCACAUUCGAAAGACUGUUGACACUCUGCUGGCACUCGGGGAGAACCCCCCACAACCAACUUCUGCCCUCCGCUCCAGGGACCUGCUAGGCUUCUGUCUUGUCCAUGUUCUCUUUGUAGUGUUGGCCUAUGUCACUUACCGCUGGAGUGCUCUCUCUGUGUGACGUCUGCAUGUACAUCCAAGCACUCUGCUCUGGCUCCCUGGUCCUUUGGUCUCCUCCCUCCAUGGGGCCUUUCCCUUGCAGACUCCCAUCCCUGUCAUCUCUUCAGUAGUCUCUGUUGUGAAGCUGAAGAGUUUUACAGACGCACAAACUUUGUAGAAUGCAGCUCCCAGUCAGUCUUGUCCUUGCUGAGGAGCAGCAGUGCCAGCUGCCGCGCUGGAAGGGUCCUCUCCGCUGGUGUCUGGUUAGGGAGGAGGGAUCGGGUAGGUACAGGCUCCAUCUAGCAUCUAACUUCGGCUGCAUUCAGGACUGGGCAUUGAACUGUACCAGGUCUCUUGGGAGAGAUUUUUUAAAAAAAGGCAAUGCUGUGGCCCAAUUUGACUUAUGAAAAUCCUCGGUACUGUCACUGCUGACCAGGUUGAAAAGUGUGAUCUGGAGAAUGCCUGGCUGGCUGUUGGUUGGAUUCCUCCGUGUUUCUGCCAGGGAAUCUGUGAGGCACAUCCUUCAGACCCAGCCCUCUGCCCUGGCAGGAAAGGUGUUCUGGGGAAGGAAACACUUUCUGUUUUGAAUGUCACCUGGAGAAUCUGCUUAGCACUGACUCCCAUGUGGUUCACUUGCUCCUUGUUUAGGUAAACUCUGGAGCACUCAGAAAAGUAUUUUCCAGAAGGGAUUUCUAUUUUUGUAUAAUAUAAUAGAUCACUUUGUUUUCUUGAUUUAUCACAUUAUAAAUACAGGUCUAGAAUGUGAUCAGUUUAACUAUUCAGUUUCAAAUAAAGCUGAGUCAUGGGACAUUUGUGGUCCUAGAGCUUGGGUUACUACAAGAGCUAGUAAUAAGACUGCUGUUAUUUUAGAAGGAUGCAGUUUCUCCAAUUACUUGAAAUUUCUGUUUAGCCUUUGAGUUCAAAUGUUACUAACUAGCAAACUGCUUUAUUCUUAAGUCUGCUUAAUGAGUUAUAUAUCAGCUAUCUCUGUUUUUGGAACAAAAUGAUAUGGUUUAAAGGAAAAAGAAAAGUUAAAAUCUUAUGUAGGCCCAGAUGUUCCUGAGUCCUGGAUUAUUUUUUCACAUCAUGAGAAGGCCUUGCUCUAAGGUCAAGCAAGUCUCCUCCACUUCAUUUUAUGUCCUGUUUGCCAAAUGCUGUCUCUUAGAUUGGGACGAUGAUGGAAUUAAUGUCCUCAAGGUAAAUUGCUUAUUGACUGAGGUGCAGACAGCACUCAGACAUUGCUACCCAGAAGAUACUCUUAUUCUCUGAACAGGGAAGAUGAAGUUCUGAAAACCCUACAUACUUAUAGUGAUAUGUUUAUAAAAAUUCCUUGUUGAUAGAUGAGACUUGAUUUUUAAAGGAAGAAGUUGUCUUUACAUGAUCUGUUGAACUAUCGGAACCUUGAUCAUCACUUCCUGCCGAGUGGGGGUUUAGGGUACAUGAAGGUUGUCUGAUCUCAGCUGUGUCUGCCCGAGUUGCCUUCGGUGCUAUCUUGUACUCUGCAGUCUGUAACAAUAAAAUCCCUUGUACAGUGUCUGAUGAGCACCC